AUGUUUUAUACAAUUGUUUUCAAUUUGCUUCAUAGAAUUACUGGAUCUUCGUUAGGACUUAUUUGCUUUAUACUUCCCAUUUACUGGACCGACAUGAAAAAUAUACCAGAAUACUGGGAUCGAUGGGCUAUUUUUCAGGACAAAUUUGAAUUGUGUAUGCGAAAACCUUUUCAAUUGAAUAUAAGCAAACGAGUAUGGUUCGUGACAAUAUUGCCCACCGCUCUUAUGACAUUCAAUAUAGUAGCAAGUUUAUUAUUUGUUAAGGGGUGGAAAGUAAAUAAUUCCAUAUUGUUUAUUGGCAUAUUCGGCAUCAUAAACCUAACAACUGGAUAUUUUUAUAUCAACUGCCACAUAUUUAGAAAUAUCAGCAAGGACAUAAAUCAACGUAUAAUGGAGUUAAUAGUAACAAAGGGAUCGUCAACCAGAUUUAGAGAGCACACAGAACUUUGGUGUUACAUGUCACAUCUCAUAACGGAUUUCGGGAUUGUCCAUGGUGGAAUUUAUAGUUCUACCGCUAUUGUCAUGUAUAUAUCCAGUACAGUACUAUGGUUUUACUUCGCCAUGACACUUAUAAGCCCCGAGAACUACCUGGUCAGCGUUAUAAUUGUGCCACUUGCAUUUACAAAUGCAAUACUUAUGGUGUAUAGUGAAGCCGCGUACAUAGCUCUUUCAGAGGUGGGAAAGAAAUUACAUUGGAAAAUAUUGAAUUCAGCCAUGUGUGGUCUUGUGGAACAAACACAAAGAGAAGUAAGCUAG